CUCGAAGUAACGUUAUCUUGUUUACUUGGAAUUAAUCUAAAUCAUCGUUUGCGACGAAUUUGAAGUUAAUAUUUUGUAUAGUCAAUUAAUUUUUAAUAAAUCGCCGUUAUGAUGCAUAGGCUUUAUUAAAGUGGUGAAUUUAAUAGACAUGGAGGCCUGUACUAUUCCGAACAUAUAUUUCGAGAUAAACGCACCAAGUGAGGUCAGUUUUGAAAAGGAACUUUUCGGUUACGAAGUCAAUGAUGCAACACUGCACCUCUAUGAGGACCAUAUAGCCAAAACAUUUAAGAACCUAGUGGACUCCUUUGACGGUGAAAAUGUGACUUUUCUACUGAAAAUUGCCAGUAAAAUCUGUAAAAAUGAAUCCGGUUUUAUCGUCGUCAAUUCGCAUGAAACUCUGGAGAAACUCAUCAGGUUUUCGAACUCCACGAAACUGGAAACGGAGGACAAUAUUAAAUUGCUGUUUAUCAAAAUGCUUAUUUUAAUUUUAAGUCAUACGAGUGGAGUUAAAUGGAGUGUUGACACCAAUUACUGGAUGGACGUGUAUUCUAUUGUUAGACAGUAUCAAAGUGGAAGUGACUCGGAGAUUUUGGAAAAAGGGUACGACUACUUAGCGACUCUCUUAGAAAAAGCAGGCGACGAAUUUAGGACAAACAUUUUUCAAUUUCUCACAAAACCAUUAGCGAUGACGGCUCGGGCACUCGAACAAUCCGAUUUAAACACAGUAAUGGUCUUCAGUCCUCGAAUAUAUAAAGAUGUUACGUCACACGGAUUAUUUGUGGCGGAAAUAUUGGAGCGAUUGAUCGAAAACGAACAAGAGGAAAUCAUGAAAUUAUUUUCGAAAAAUAAAAUUGCGGAAACGUGCGACAAAAUCGCAUUACUCUCGGAUGAUUUAGAACUGACGGUUUUAAUGUAUCGCAUCGAAGUGUUGUUGAAUUUUUAUCACUCGCAUGCGGUGCUCGACGGUAUAAAAGUUAUGCACGAGAACGGGUUAGCUAUAACUGGCUUAAUACGGAUAUUCGACAGGGAAAUUACUAGGAAUAAUAUUAUGGCCAUAAUAGAAGUAUCAUACUACGCAAUGAAAUAUUUGAAAAACAAACAUCUGACCCUACCAAAGCAAAUCACGAAAUUCAAUACAGUGGAAAUGGAGACUGAACUAUUGAGCUUCCAUGUCGAACCGAUAUGUUGCCUUUGCGAGAUUCUUUCUGAAAGUUUUGCCUCUAUGCUGUCCUGGGACAAGAUGACCAAAUUGAGUCAUAUCGCGAUCUUCCACGAGUCAAGGCUUAUUAUGCAAGAGUAUUCUUUGGGAAUUUUGAAUAUUUGCUAUCGCUUCCGCAAUAAAAUCCUCGAAACUCUACGACCGGAACUUUGCAUUCAAAGUAUCGAUUUCACCUACAAAGCAUCGAAAUACUACUCGCAAGCGAACCUAAGGAGGCUCGUAUUCGUUUUGUCCUUAACGUUGGAGAAUGGCUUCACGUAUUUCCUUAGUGUCGUGAAAACCAGGAUAAUUAAUUAUGACGAGCAGAUGGUGGUGGAAAAGUUAUUGGAAAUAACCUCGGGACUAAUAGAAUCUCUGGAUGAAAACUCUAGUCGGCUGCUUAAGUUGUUCGAUAUGCCGACGACACUGCAUAACUUGUUGUAUUAUAUUAAUUGGUCGUCACCUAUCGUCAUUAAAGCACUUAGACUAUUAAAACUAAUUAUCGCCAAGAAAAUGUCCCCGGAAAUGCUCAUGCUAAUAGACUCGGUCGACGAUUCCGGAAUGCGAGAUGUCGGCCAAAUGUUAUUCGUCAAAUUGUUCAGCAGCGAUUUCGAGAUAAGACAGGUGGCACUCAGUGUGGUUUCGGUAAUUGCACGCACCGCAUACCAAAGUUUCCCGUCGUUUCGUGGGACAUUGACCAAAGCGGGACUGCCCGAAGUGGUGGCGACCAUUUGUACAGAAGAUAGAAAUCCACUGGUCAGAGCUGCCGCGUUUAAAUGCUUACAGGACCUUAUCAUGCUUGAAUCGGAGAAAGAUGCUUUAUUUACCUCUAAUCUUCUUGAAAAAGUGCUGGAAGUACUCAAUACCGAAACGGAUUCCGAGGCACGAACAGAAGCAAUACGUCUGCUUGCCUUACUGUUCUGGCAAAACAGCGACAAGGGACAAUUUGACUAUUUAUCCAAAGUGUACACUCGCGUGGAAGAGAUCUCAUUUACAGAUAGCAACUAUAGGGUCCAAAAAGAGGUUUUGAAAUUUUGGAAGAUGGUCGAGUCUCAUUAUAUGCGAUUAGUUGGUUGGUCAGACAAUGAGUUUCCAAGGGAAAUAUUUGAGAAGAAAAUCAUUAAAAUGACCAGAAAAGAAAUUAGCAGACGGAUGUUUUCGGUCAUUAGGAACCUUAGUAACAUUGGGUGCUUAAGGGUUAUCAAACAUUUCAUAUAUAUGGAUGACCUACAUGAAGAGGUACUUGAAAUCCUUAAGCAAUGGCUAGAGGAGAUUUAUAAGCGUUAUGUUAAAUAUCAGAUUACAGAAAAGUCAAUGCAGAAUCUAGAGGAGGAGCAUUGGAUUCAUGUGACUGUAUCUGAGAGUUUUAGUUCAUCUUCUUGUGAAACAGCUUCUAAAGAGGAUGAUAUAAUGGAUAUUGUCAAUAAUCUGUUAACUGAGGAUACUCCCUGCGAAAAAAACGAGGAUAACGUACCCAAAUCGACCCAACAAAUGCAAGAAAAUCAUAUGGAUAGUGGUAGAUGCUGGAUAAGUCCGUCCUCGUUUGUGUAUCUCGUUCGACAUUCUGUGCAUUUAUUAAGAAAAACAUGAAAACACUCAUAUGCUUUAAUAUAGUAUUUUUGUAAAUUAAUCAAA